AUGGGGAAGGCGAAGGGGAAGGACCGCUUGGACAAGUUCUACCAUCUCGCCAAGGAGCAGGGGUACCGCUCCCGAGCCGCCUUCAAGCUCCUCCAGCUCGAUGACAAGUUUCGGUUCCUCCACAAUGCCCGCAGCGUCCUCGACCUCUGCGCGGCGCCCGGUGGAUGGCUUCAGGUUGCCGUCGGCCGAGCACCGGUGGGCGCCUUCGUCGUCGGCGUCGACCUCUUCCCCAUUCGUCCUGUCCGCGGGGCGCUCUCCCUUGUCGAUGACAUCACGACUCCACGCUGCCGUGCCGCCAUCAAGAAGACGAUGGCGGACGCUAAUCGAGGAGGGGGGUGUGUUGCUUUCGACGUCGUUUUACACGACGGGUCGCCCAAUGUUGGCGGGGCGUGGGCGCAGGAGGCGACGGCGCAGUCGGCGCUGGUGAUUGACGCGCUGAAGCUCGCCACAGAGUUCCUGGCCCCUAAGGGCAUUUUUGUCACCAAAGUAGGCUUCUGUUACUUUUCCUAGAUAGUUCUUUUUUCUCAUCUCUAUGGUUUGAAUCGAAUUGAAGUUUCGCUUGCUUACAAUUUUUAUGAUUUCAAAAUAACCCAUUAAUGUUAAUCUCUGAUGGAUACAUGAUUCUGCCUCUCUGGGUGUGAUAACCCCAGUUAUUCCCUGUCCUAGGUGAUUGCCAGAAUCCCUGGUCUACAAACCUCGGGGGUUGGCUUUAAUUGGGUUUUUUUAAGGCUGGCACUUGCAUAUUCACCGUGUCUAUGCAUUGGUCUCGUUGUUUUAAUUGACGUUGCGUUAGAAAAGAAUUCAUCGGAAUGUUGGGUGUUCUUGCUCUAAAAUAAUUCAGUGAUCGGAACGGUUUUCCUCUGUGUCGUAAGUGGUAUUUUUAUCUUUACCGUUCAUACAUGUGUCUAAUGUGUUUCUUAUCUUUGGUCAGGUUUUCAGGUCGCAGGACUACAGUGCUGUCCUCUAUGGUGUCAAGCAGGUGAAAAUUUAUUUUUCUCAAUUUUUUGUCUUGGUUCUUGCGUGCUUCUUGUUGACCUUUCAGAGUGUUGCACAUUGUACAACAGCUUUUUGAGAAGGUGGAGGUGACUAAGCCAAUAGCCAGUCGUUCCUCCUCUGCUGAAAUUUAUAUUGUUGGUCUAAGAUAUAAGGCCCCAGGAAAGAUUGAUCCUCGUCUUCUUGAUGUCAAGCAUCUUUUCCAAAGUUCAGUAGUCCCUGCCAAGGUAAUAAUUGCAAGUGUUUAUUAAUUAAGUCUCUGUUUUGCCUUUUUUGCAAUAUACCUUAGGGAAUCUUCCACUUCUCAACAUAGUGAAUAUCAUUGUAGGUCGUGGAUGUUCUGGGGAAAUCAAAGCAAAAGCGACAUCGUGAUGGGUAAGCCGCUUUUUGAGUGUUUCCUCAAUUGAAACGGUAUCCGCUGAUAACAUGUUGAGGCUAGGCAUCGCUUACCCCCAUUUUGGCCAUGUUAUUUCAUAGUUGUUCUCUUUGUUGUCUUUAAUGAUAUGCCCAUGUUAGCAGAUUAUCUUUCUUCUGACAUACUAAGUUGCAUAUCAAUAGCUCAGGAAGAAUGCAGAAAUUCUGAUGACGAUGUAGGGACUGGAUUUCCUGUUAGUCAUGUGCGUGGAGCAAAAUCCGAUACUGAAAGUUUUUUGAGCUAGAAAAAAUCCAUUUCAUCUAUAAGAAAAUAAUGAAAAAGAAUGGUAUUUGAAUGGCCAACGAAUCAGUUUUCAUACGAGAACCUCUUUUUUAGAAAUAAACGUUGUUAACUGUUGAUGCAUUGCAAAGAAACUGGUAAACACAAGGAAUAUAUUAAAAAAAGUUAAUAUCUCUUAAAAUGAUCUACCCAUGGUAAUAGUUCCUUGUAUCACAAAUCCAUUUUACCCAUUUUAAUUUGCAUAUCUCUAUAAAAGAGUGGUAUGCGCGGAAUGGGUUUUAUCAUACUAUAUUCUUCAUUUUUAUCUGUUUCUAGUCCGUCUGAAUAUCAAACUGAAAGCAUAUUUAUUUUGAAGCUAAAGAUUAGGUACGCUUAACUUCCACGCACUAGUUUGGGGACGAGAAAAUUGUGAGCCCUUUCAAAGUUUGUCAUCUUGUCUUAGGGACGGGACAGAAUUACAUAUCAUUUCAAAGUAACCAAUGGAAUACAGCAUUUGCAAGGAAAAUAGUAAAAUUUUACCUCUGUCAUGGAUAAGUAGAGAAACUACGUUUAUAAAGUUUAUUAGUCACCUAGAGAAAAAUAAAAGGCCUCCACACCAUUACUCAACUAAUAAAGAGUAGAUAUGUGGAUCUAUUUCCAUCACUACUUUCGUUACUUUAUGUCGUAUUUGUGUUCAAGGUGCUUUAUGCUGCAUCUUUCAUGAUAACCUCCAUACUUGAAAAUUUUGAUUUUGAUUUUGAUUUUUUUUCUUUUAAACUCUCGUAAUAAUGAUGUUCAUGUCUCUUGGUAAGUGUUCUUGAUAAUUUUCAUGACUAUGUCUAUACUAUCUCCAAAAGCUUUCCUGGGCGUUCAAUGUUAGUUGCACAUAUUCACGUGGUUCGUAGAUCACUAAUUACUGUCAUCAGCAUCCUUAUUGUUUUCUGUUCCAAAACCGUCUCAGCUCCUUGCAGAGAGCAUGACUACUGCACGCCAUUACGGAUUUGUCUUCAGUGGUCUCACUUUGAUGUUUGGUACACAUGUACAUUAUUUCAUUGUUUAGUCAAGCUGUGGUCCCCAGCUAUAAAUUAUUUUCCUUUUCAGAUGAAUCCACUGUUCUUCGUAAUAAGUUGUGGACACUGUUUAGCCCUCGUUUUAAUUAUAGCUAAAUCUAGCUGAUGUUCCUCCUUUAUUUUUGAAAACUAUUCGUCCUGUCGAAGUUGUAUGCUAAGCUAAACUAAAGAAUCAUAUUUUCAGACUGAUAUGGUGAACAGCUUAUUUUCUCCCUGCUCACUCCUAACUGCAAUGAUGUUUUGUUUAAGAAUAACACUUUUAGAAGAUCCUCUAAUAUUAAUAAAAGAGGACAACUAUUCCACGGCCAUUGGACGUACAAAAUCCCAACCUCCUAUAUUAUCCAUCCUUGCUAUGCAACAUUAACAAUGCCACUAUCCUCAACCCACUCUUGAUCCAUCAGUAUGAACGAUGACUCAUAUUAUUAAGAUAUAGCUUCUCCAAGGUGAGUAGUAUAUAUUUGUCAUUGGCUACCUACGUUUUGUAGAACUAGCUCAACAACUACAAUGGGUUAUCAUAUGUUCUUUAAAAUCUUGACGACUGAGCGUAUCAGUCACCAUUUGAUUGAUGUUUACUUAGUCCCACUAUUCUGUCUACGCCAUUUUGAUGCCUGAUAUACGUCAUGAAGUAUGUCUACGCACAUUUUGAUAUACGUUUGGACAUAAAAGUUUAAUCAUGCCUCUGGAAAGUAGGCUAUUUAUUUUCUAGGAUGUUAUGACUUUUCGUCGCCUGUAUAUCCAAUUCCAGACAAGACAUUAUGUUCACAAAACCAAUUCCAAAGUAUAUCCUAUUGUUUUUUAGACCUUCUUUGAAUUCUAGAGUAUCACUUUUUUAAUACGAUGAUCUGAAUGGCUGAACUCAUCUGCCAUUUAGGAAAGGGUGCUUACAUAUGUUUAUCUUGUGGUAAUUUUAUUGCUUUGCUUUCUUGUGAUGGAUACAUUUUUUUAUUUAACUUCGUUUUUCACUUACAUUUUCUAGGUUAACGAUCCUGAUAGUUUUCUGCUAUUCUUUGAUUCUCAUUAAGAAUCGUUGAUGCAGAAGAUGACAUUACAUAUUUACUCAUGACAUGGUAUCAUAUUCAAAUAAUGUACAUUUUUAAUGUGACUAGAAAAGAAUUCAAUCUUAUUUUUCUAUCAUUUGUUGAAACAUUGUUAUGCCUGAUGUUUGUUUGAUAGUUUCAAAAUUUUGGAUCAUUAAGAAUAGAAUCAACCACUCAUAUUUGUUAUUCACGAUUGAGUUGUGAUUUUGUUGCCAUGUUAGGCUUUCGUUGUUGUUUUAUGUAUUUCCCGUUUACUCAGAGGGGAAAGAUGGGUUGCGAUCGCCAUGUUAGGCUUUUGUUGUUGUUUGAUGUGCUUCCCGUUUGCUCAAAUGGGGGAAAUGUGGGUUACGAGAAAUGUUGGAAGGUUUUAUCUGGAUAAAGUUUCUGAUAUCAGCGAAACUGUUUGUCUUCUAACAGAUAUGAAGAUGGAGUCUCAACUUUGAGGAAGGUGGGGUUUGCUUCCGACUUCAUUUGGUCAGAAACGCCCCUGGAAUUCCUUGGGACAGUAAAUGUAAUAUCUUUUGAUGACCCUGCUUGUGAUUCCAUCAAAGACAAUGAAUUAACAACUGAGGAGGUAAUUUUUACAUAUGAUCAUAUAUUUUUCCUUGCAGCUUUGUUUUUUGUUCUUGUAAAGGAUUCAAACUGCAUUGCAGGUUAAGCUUCUAUGUGAGGAUUUGAAUGUCUUGGACAAACAUAGCUUUAAGCGCCUAUUAAGGUAAAAUAUCUUCAUCCUCUGUCUAUAUCUUCAAAACUUUCUGAAGACAUCUGCUGCCUUCUUUUUGACUAUUUAGUCUUCUGGCUAUUGAUUUGUUCUUCUGUUAUUCCUUAGUUAUUUCGAAAUUAAUCGCCUGUUUACGUUUUUUAUCCUCUUAUUCUUUUAUAUGAUUAAUUAAUGUUUCUCAGCAUGGGUCUUCUAAAACUUUGAACAAAAAGUUGUUGUUGAUUAUAUAUAUGGAUAUUUUAAUUGCUUUUUAAUUACCCUAAUGAUUCUGCAUCUUAUUUCUAGAUGGCGAAUGAAGAUAAGGAAAGAUCUCUCUCCGGAGAAAAUUGCUGACAAAACUACUGAAGAGGACAAAGCCACCAAGGGUGAUGAGGAAGAGCAAAUGCUCAAUGAAAUGGAAGAGUUGGCUAAUGCUCUGGAACGCAAGAAGAAGAGGAAGAAAAAGCUCCUGGCAAAACGUCGUGCAAAGGUUCGAUCGCUCUAGGCUUCGAAGUCAUUUUUUAUCAAGCAUAAAAUAUGUACUACAUAGUAAAAGCCAAAUUUUGUUUCUAAACGUUUCUCUGAAGAAAUAUAGCUAAUAAUGAUUCUUAGUAAUCGAGUGUAGAAGCUUCAACAGUGAUUUCUUCUCUUAAUCUUCUGCCUCUGAUUUUAUCAUUUUUGUAAUGAUAUCUGCAGGAUAAAGUGCGGAAAGCUACUGGGAUACAGAUUGACGCCACAUUGGAUAGCUAUACUGACCAUGAAUUGUUUUCUAUUUCGGCCAUGAAGGUUUGAAGAUACCUUCCUUUCUCAGUUCGGUCAUUGCUGGUGCUGUGAGACUGUUUCUCGAUCAUUAUUUACUUUAAAAAAUAACGAUAUAUGAUGCAUUCUAGGGGAAAAUACUUCUUGUUUGACACGGUAAGGAUAAUCUUAGGACUUUUCUUCGGUCCACAAAGGGCUGAUCUGAGCCUGGGCCUUGCCAAGGCAGCCGAAACCUGAUCAUGUUUUAAGAGACCCUAGUCCUACCUAGGCUCAGAGAAAAGCAUCUCUGGGGUGUCCCCACAUGAAACCACAGCCAGGCCCUCUCUAUUCCCUUUUCUGAGAGAAAGACUGGGGAGGGAGGAAGACGGACUGCCACGCAGGUGAAUAUGAACAACCAUGUGGCUAGGAAAAUGUGCUCUGAGGUUAUGGGCCAGGACCCCCUCAAAACCUGCGCUGAGGCUGGGCCAGAUCUGUGCCUACUUUUAUUUUUGGGCUUGGUUUUGUUUCCUGAGACUGGGGAAAUACCUAGCUGUGUUGGGUUGGGCUUUUGGCUGAUCUGAUACAAUGAUAUUCUAACACCUGGGAUGGUUUCUAUGUUCCCUUCUGUUAACAUCUCUAACGGUGUAUCGCUUCGCCCUCCAUACUCACCAAAGAUGUGCUGAAUGAGAUGUUUUUAACGAAUUAAAUCUUAUUCUUCAGCAAAAUUUACCUGUUCUUGUCUGAUUUUUUGUCUAUGUGCAGGGAAAGAAGAGCUUAGUUGCAUUCGAUUCGAUGGAGACUAGUGCUGAAAAUGAUGAAUUUAAAGACAGCGACGAAGAAGAAGCUCGUGCAGAGGAUACUCCCGAGGACAGUGAUUCUGACGAAGAACGGAGGAGGUCAUCUUUUGUUCCUCCGAGAUAUUCUUCUUCUUCUUCUUCUUCUUCUUCUUCUUCUUCUUCUCUAGCUGCCUUUUUGAUCUACUUGUUUCAAAUUCGAAGGAGAGAUUAUGCUUUCUGUCACCGAAAAUAGGAACACAUUGCUUGAUGAACCUGAUCCCCACUUCUCCAGGUAUGAUGCGCAGCUGGAGGAUCUGCUCGACCAUGCUUAUGAGCAGUAUGUGACCAGGAAGGGGGGGACAAUCAAGAAACAGAAUCGGGGGAAGAAGACUCCUGGCAGCGAUGCCGAGUUGUUGGAGGUUUAAUUUUCUCCCGAGCUCUUUAUUAUUAAUCCGAGAAAAUCAGUAGCAGUAAAUAUUUUGUUUUUUUGGGGGCAACUGUGGUGCUCCCCCAUUAUUUUUAUUCUUGAUCAGUCUCCAACGCUUCAUUCCGGGCUUUUAUUUGUUCUCUGAUUAAUUGAUUUUUUUUUUCCUUUUUUUUUUGUUCAGGGUGGUGCUGACGAUGAGGAUUUGAUCCAUUCUGCUGACGUUGACUCGGACAGAGAUGAGGGCAAUGUGGAGAUGAAUCCUCUUGUUUUGUCCCUCCACAAUGAGGACCAGCCGUCAAAGGAGGAGAUCACUGAGAAGUGGUUUAGCCAAGAUAUCUUUGCUGAGGCCAUCGAAGAGAACAUGUUUGCAGAUAGUGGAGAAGACAGCGACGGAGAAAUUGCCGAAAAGCCCCAAGAAAACAAGGAUUUGAAGGUGAAGAGGGCGUCCGAGAGGGAAGUGGCUGACAAGAAGACAGCUGCCCGGCAGAAUGAUUUUGAGAUUGUUCCAGCGGAACCUGUGAAGUCGAGUGACGAAUCCUCAUCGUCUGAAGAGGAUGAUUCCGAAGAUGAUCUCGACGAUGAUGAGAAGGCCGAAACCCUGGCCUAUGCAAAGAAGAUGCUGAGGAAGAAGACCCGGGAGCAGAUCAUCGACGAUGCCUAUAACAAGUACCUGUUUGACGAUGAAGGGUUGCCGACGUGGUUUAUAGACGAGGAGAGGAAGCAUCGGCAGCCAAUGAAACCUGUGACCAAGGAAGAGGUUGCCGCCAUGAAAGCCCAGUUCAAGGAAAUCGACGCCCGACCGGCCAAGAAGGUGGCGGAGGCCAAGGCACGGAAGAAGAGGGUAGCCAUGAAGAAACUGGACAAGGCCCGGCAGAAGGCCAGCUCCAUCUCAGACCUGACGGAUAUUUCAGAUCGUUCGAAGAGUAAGAUGAUCGAGCAGGUGUACCGGAAGGCGGUGCCGAAGAAGCCCCAGAAGGAGUAUGUUGUUGCUAAGAAGGGGGUCCAGGUGAGACCGGGCAGUGGGAAGGUACUGGUCGACCGACGGAUGAAGAAGGAUGCGAGGGUCCGGGGCUCGGGCAGACAUGGGAAAGGGGAUCCGAAGAAGGGUGGCAGAGGUGGGAAGGGCAAGGGCGGGAAGGGCAAGGCCCCAAAGCGGAAAGCUCCAGGAGGGGGUGCUGGGCAGAUGCCGAAGAACAAGAGGGGCAGGGGAAACUAG